AUGUCCCAUCGUAAGUUCUCCGCACCACGACACGGCUCCCUUAAGUUCUUGCCGAAAAAGCGAUGCACCCGGCCACGAGGUCAGAUCAAGUCCUUCCCUAAGGACGAUGCUUCCAAGCCUAUUCACCUUACUGCCUUCAUGGGCUUCAAGGCUGGUAUGACUCACGUUGUCCGUGAAGCCGAAAAACCAGGCUCUGCCAUCAACAAGAAGGAGGUUGUCGAGGCCGUCACCAUCGUCGAAACCCCACCACUCAAGGUCAUCGGACUCACCGGUUACAUCGAGACCCCCGACGGACCACGAUCUAUCAAGACCGUCUGGGCCAACCACAUCUCCGACGAGGCAAAGCGACGAUUCUACCGAAGCUGGUACAACUCCAAGAAGAAGGCCUUCUCCAAGGCUUCCAAGCGAUGGGAGUCUGAGGAUGGCAAGAAGUCCAUCGAGCGAGAUAUCGCUAUGAUCAAGAAGUACGCCAAGUCCGUCCGAGCCAUCUGCCACACCCAGAUGAAGGGUCUUUCUCUUCGACAGAAGAAGGCUCACAUUAUCGAAAUCCAGAUCAACGGUGGAAACAACAUCGCCGAGAAGGUCGACUGGGCUACCAACAACUUCGAAAAGGAGGUCCCCGUCAACACCGUCUUCAACGAGGCCGAGAUGAUCGACGUUAUCGGUAUCACCAAGGGUCGAGGUUACCACGGUGUCACCAGCCGAUGGCACACCAAGAAGCUCCCCCGAAAGACUCACAAGGGUCUCCGAAAGGUCGCCUGUAUUGGUGCCUGGCAUCCAUCCCGAGUCGCCUUCUCCGUUGCUCGAUCUGGUCAGAAGGGUUACCAUCACCGAACUGAGAUCAACAAGAAGGUCUACCGAGUUGGAGCUGGUUUCCACACCGUCGACGGCAAGGAAGUCCGAAACAACGCUUCCACUGAAGCCGAUAUCACCGACAAGAGCAUCAACCCCGUUGGUGGCUUUGUUCAGUACGGUCUUGUCAAGUCUGACUUCGUCAUGAUCAAGGGAGGUAUCUGUGGACCCAAGAAGCGAGCCAUCACUCUCCGACAGUCCCUCCUCAAGCAGACUUCCCGAGCUGCCCUCGAACCUGUCAAGCUCAAGUUCAUCGAUACUACCUCCAAGCAGGGUCACGGUCGCUUCCAGACCAUCGAAGAAAAGCGAGCCUUCAUGGGACCACUCAAGAAGCACAAGCAGAUCAACAUCGAUGCUUAA